AUGAGUAAUUUAAAAAUAUUUGCUUUGGGUGGUUUACACGAAGUAGGAAAAAAUUGUUAUUGUAUUGAGAAAAGUGAGGACUUAAUUAUUGUGGAUUACGGAGUCUUAUUUAUCAAUAAUAAUAACUUAGCGGAUGGGGCUAUACCGGAUUUUACUUAUUUACAAGAAAAUAGUCAGAAAAUUAAAGGUCUGUUUAUCACUCACGCUCACGAGGACCACAUUGGCGGGAUACCUUAUUUGCUACAAUUUCUUCCUCCUAUUCCUAUUUAUGGCUCGGAAUUUUCGAUUUCUUAUUUAAAACAGAAGUUAGGAGUUAGAAAUAAGAACCGGCUAAUAAUAUUUUCUGAUGAUACUAUUAUUCGCACUAAUGAAUUUCGCAUUAGUUUUUUCCGGGUAACUCACUCCAUACCUGGCUCUUUUGGUCUUAUUGUCGAAGUAAUAGCCGACCAAUCUCGCUUGGUGUUAACGGGCGAUUUUAAGUUUGAUUGGUGGAAAGAAACCGGAGAAAAAACUGACCUAGCCAAGUUAGCCGAAGUAGGAAAAAAAGGAGUAGACUUAUUAUUAAGCGAGUCAACUAAUGCGGAAAUAGAGGGAAAUACCCCUUCGGAAAUUAGAGUAAUCAAGCGUUUGGAAAGUAUUAUUACGGAAGCCUCCGGGCGAGUAAUUAUUACUUCUUUUGCUUCUAAUGUUUACCGGUUAAAAAAAGUCAUUGAAAUUGCCCAAAAAACUCAGAAAAAAAUUGCUUUACUGGUUUUUUUGCCGGCCGCCUCGAUUAGCAAAAUUCGGAAAAAUAAAUUAAUUAUUUUUUGCACGGGUUCCCAGGGGGAAGAAAAAGCCGUUUUAAGCCUUGAACCAGGCGAUACCAUUAUUCUAACUUCUUCUCCGAUUAUGGAUAAUCGACUGAACGUGGAAAUAGUCAGUAACAAACUUUUUGCCCUCGGAGCCCAAAUUUACGAAAAUAGCAAGGAAGACCUAUUGCAUGCUUCCGGACAUGCUUGCCAAGAAGACUUAAAAUUAAUGCUCAAACUAGUUAAUCCAACUUACUUAAUGCCUAUCCACGGUGAUUUUCGGAUGCUGAAAAAUCACGGCUACUUGGCUGAAGAAUUGGGGGUGGCGGCUACAAAUGUUUUUGUUUGUGCUAACGGGGAGGUGGUUGAAGCCCGAGAAAAGAAGUUUUUUCUUUCGGGUGAGAAAAUUGCCGCUACUCCCCAUUACAUUUUUGACAAGAAAUUGGUGCCAGCCAAAGAAAUGAAUAAUAGUCUAAAACUGAGGGAAAGAAUGGCACGAGGCGGAGUAGUCUUAAUCGUGAUUUUUCGGCCACCAGGAGAGGAAAAACUAACCGAAUUGCCUUAUAUUUUCACUUACGGAUUUAUCAAUAUGGAAAAAAAUCAGGAGACUAUAAAAAAUUACACCGAAGACCAAUUAUUAAAAGAUUGA